UCUCUACUAGUGUUUCUAAUAACUGGAUACAGACCUAGCCUCGCACCCUAAUUUCCUACUCUCAGAUUUCUGUCAUGAACUCUUGGACUCUUCAGACUUGAAUUUGAUCUGCUACAAUCAUCAUUCCGAUGUUUCAUGAUUUCUCCAAAAGUAACUGUGCUGGUUUUUAGGUGGAUAUGAAAUAUCCUGAUGUUAGACCAUCACUAGCCCACUAGUGGGUGAAAGGCACGAGCUGUUCAGGUUAAAAUCAUGUACUGACUAACUGUCCUGUUUCUGUUAUAUGGUAGUUACAGUGAUUUCGCAUUUCCAUCUCUUUUUUCAUCUAUAGCAAAACAGAAGAAGACCAUGAAGAGGGAGAACCAGAGCUGCGUGUCCGAGUUCCUCCUCCUGGGGCUCCCCAUCCAGGCAGGGAAACAGGGCAUAUUCUUUGCCCUGUUCCUGGGCAUGUACCUGACCACGGUGCUGGGCAACCUGCUCAUCAUCCUGCUCAUCAGGCUGGACCCCCGCCUGCACACGCCCAUGUACUUCUUCCUCAGCCACUUGGCCUUCACUGACAUCUCCUUCUCAUCUGUCACAGCUCCAAAGAUGCUCAUAAAUAUGCAUACUCAGGAUCAAUCCAUCUCACAUGCUGGAUGCAUUUCCCAGGUGUAUUUCUUUUUAUUUUGGGGUGAUCUUGACAGCCUCCUUCUCACCUCAAUGGCCUAUGACAGGUACGUGGCCAUCUGUCAUCCCCUCCACUAUACCACCAUCAUGAGUCAGAGCCUGUGUAUUUUCCUAGUAACUGUAUCCUGGGUCCAAUCCUGCGUUUCUGCCCUUUUGCAUACCCUUCUCCUGAGGAGGGCCAUGAAGAGGGACAACCAGAGCAGCAUGUCUGAGUUCCUCCUCCUGGGGCUGCCCAUCCUGCCAGAGCACCAGGGUGUGUUCUUCGCCCUGUUCCUGGGCAUGUACCUGACCACAGUGCUGGGAAACCUGCUCAUCAUCCUGCUCAUCAGGCUGGACUCCCGCCUGCACACGCCCAUGUACUUCUUCCUCAGCCACUUGGCCCUCACUGACAUCUCCUUCUCAUCUGUCACUGUCCCUAAGAUGCUCAUGGACAUGCGCACUAAGUACAAAUCUAUCCCCUAUGCAGUCUGUAUUUCACAGAUGUAUUUUUUCCUAUUUUUUACUGACCUGGACAGCUUCCUUAUUACAUCAAUGGCAUAUGACCGAUAUGUUGCCAUCUGUCACCCUCUGCACUACUCCAUCAUCAUGAAGGAAGAGCUGUGUGCCUUACUAGUGGCCGUGUCCUGGAUUCUGUCCUGUGCCAAUGCCCUGUCCCAUACCCUUCUCCUGGCCCAGCUGUCCUUCUGUGCUGCUAAUACUGUUCCCCAUUUCUUCUGUGACCUUGGUGCCCUGCUCAAGCUCUCCUGCUCAGACACCUUUCUCAAUGAGUUGGUCAUGUUCACAGAAGGGGUAGUGGUCAUUACCCUGCCAUUUAUAUGUAUCCUGGUAUCUUAUGGCUACAUUGGGGCCACCAUCCUGAGGGUUCCUUCUGCCAAGGGGGUCUAUAAAGCACUGUCCACAUGUGGGUCCCACCUGUCUGUGGUGUCUUUGUAUUAUGGAGCAAUGUUCGGACAGUACCUUUUCCCAACAUUAAGCAAUUUCAUUGACAAGGACAUCAUUAUGGCCCUCAUGUACACAGUGGUCACACCCAUGCUGAACCCCUUUAUCUAUAGCCUUAGGAAUAGGGACAUGAAACAGGCUUUUGGGAAACUUGUCAGUAAAGUAACAUUUUUCUGUCAGCAAUAUCUGUGAUUUUUAUUUCAAACAUAACCUCAUCUUUGUUGAUCUCACAGACUUGAAUUUCCAUUUGAAUAUGUCUGAAAAUUUUAAGGUGUCUUGAGACAUAAGCCCUGAGACAACUGAAGGUAUGUUUACCGACAUACUCGGUAAAUAUGUGUUGACCAGAACUCCAUUCUCUUGUUAACAGUGUUCUCCUUUAUGAAUAACUUUUGAUUAGCCAAUGCUAAAAUAAUUUUCUUAUUUCUGCAUUUGUGGGCAUAAAUGAUACAAUAAUAAACAGUUUGUCCCUUAUUUGAGAAGAUUUUUGAAAACUCUUAUAUUUUGGGACUAUAAUCUUAGGUUUUAACACACCCAGAAUAUUAAAAAUUAGCCAUAUUAUUUCACUACACAAUUUAUAUAGACUAAAUGGGUUUUUCUUUUCAUUGUUUUGGAUCUAUGCAAAUCAAAGAAUCCAAAUUAAUUGCCACUUAAAUAAGAGGAAAUGUAUUACUCUCUGCCCAUGGUAUAAAAUGUUACAACUGUGAAGAUGAAGAUCCCUAUAGGAGACCAAGACCAGCCAGGUCCCCUCUUGGCCAACACUGUGUGGCUGACAUUGCUCAGGCCGCCACACAAUCAUUAGUGAAAGCAUGUUUCAUGCUGUCAUCCUUUGUAAGUACAAAGGAUGGAGCAAUAGUACGUUUACAGUUGUUAGUGUGGAAAACAAUACAAUAAUGAUACAAUUAAUAAAUAGCAGCACAAGAAUAAAUUCUGUGUUUUGUGUACUCACAACUGUAAACCUACUUUUGCCCCACGGUGUACAACCACAUUAUAGUGCACAGUCUGGGAACAUGUCACCACUUUCCGACAAAUGCCACACCAGUUCUGGCCCUGACUGUACCUUUCAUGGGCAUCCUACCUUGCCAAAUGAAGAAUGAAAGCAAAGCUUCUUAGGCUUUCAUGUGCACAAGAAUUCCUGGACAGCUUGUUAAAACAGAGGUUCCCUGACCCUACCACCACAAAUCCUGAUCCUUCAGUAGUUCUGGGGUGGGACUCCCAAAUAUGCACAUAUGAUGCCCCCACAUGAUGCUGAUGCUGUGGCUCUGUGAACUGCAACUUGAAGGGCCCUGGGGGAAAGAGUUAAAUUGUGGAGGUUCUAAGAUGCACAUUCAUAACACCAUACAUGACAUCUAGGAGUGGGCGGAGUGAACCAAGGGAAUGCUUAAUUACUCUAGUAGUAAAUCUGUGGUUCAUGUUGAUAUUUUCAGAUUGAUUCUGGUUGCAGUAAAUUUCUUUUGAUGAUCUCUAAUAUCAG